AUGGACGGUGAUCCUGCAGUUGAAUCACGGCUCGACUCGUUCAGCCUAACGUUUCCGUUGCCAUACCGAGUCGCCUUCAUUAUUAUCUUAGCUGUCUGGGGAUGGGGUUUCAACCUCCACUAUCUCGAGCGCCUCAGCAUCGACGUGCCCUCCUUGAUCCGUUAUCCCCAACGCUCCAGCCCGUCUCAAUUAUCCCACCACAGCUCGACGUACCGCCUGGCGACCUUCCUCUCCGGCACCUUCGCUCUCUCCAUCGUCACAUUCUGGUGGUUCACCCAUCGUGACCCCGAGCUCGUCAUCUACUAUGACUGGGUGCCGAUGACCUACCUCGUCGUCCUGGCGGCCCUGUUCGCCCUGCCCCUCCGCAGGCUCUCCGUCUCGCACACGGGCCGCAGCCGGCUACUGUGGGCGCUGAAGCGCGUCAGCAUCGGGGGGCUGGCGAACGCGCAGGAUGGCAAGUUCGGCGACAUCCUGCUCGCCGACGCGCUCACGAGCUAUGCCAAGGUGCUGGCCGACCUGUUUGUGUGCGUGUGCAUGUUCCUGGCGCGCGGCGGCAGCGCCACGGACCGGCCGGACCGCGGCUGCGGCGGCUCCGUCAUCGUGCCGAUGGUUAUGGCCGUGCCCAGCUUGAUCCGCCUGCGCCAGUGCCUGAUCGAGUACGGCCGCGUGCGCCGCGCGCCGUUCAGCCAGAGCGCGGGCUGGGGUGGCCAGCACCUCGCCAACGCGGCCAAGUACGCAACCGCCUUCCCCGUCAUCGUCUUUGGCGCCAUGCAGCGCAGGGUGCCCACCGAGGACCAGCACUUCUCGCCGGCCGGCCUGUAUCGGGCCUGGGUGGCCUCGCUGCUGCUCAACUCGCUGUAUUCGUUCUACUGGGAUGUGGCAAAGGACUGGGACUUGACCCUGUUUAGCAGCGCAAGGGAGCGGAACUCUCCCGAGUAUCCAUUUGGCCUGCGCAGGAGGCUGCUCAUUCACAAGCCGGGGGUCUAUUACGCAGUGAUCGUGCUGGAUCUGGUCCUGAGAUGCACCUGGGUCCUCAAGCUGAGCCCACAGGAACGCAUUGCCGAUUUCGAAAGCUCAAUAUUCAUCACCCAGUUCUUGGAGGUGUUCCGUCGGUGGAUGUGGAUUUUCUUCCGAGUCGAGGCGGAAUGGCUCCGCAAUACGUCGACUGGCCUGGGGGUUGAUGACAUCCUCCUGGGAGACUAUCUGGGGAAGUACGCGGAUGAGGAAGAUUAA